UCUUGGGAUAGUAUUGCUGAUGCGAAGAACCCUACUCUCGUAUUCUUCGGCAAUGACUUCCCCAAUGAUGAUACUGGUCAUCUAUACCGCGUUCUGUACCAACGCAGUGCUCACAUGAAAUGCCAUGAGCUUGCCCACUUCAUCACACUCUGCAACCAAGUUAUUAGAGAGGAGAUUGCUAGGCUCCCAAAGUCGUGGCAGGACCAGGUUCCUGAUUUCGACAAUGUCUUGACCUUGGUUGACGACUCGACCUUUCGUAAGGGACCUCUUGGUGGAGCGAUGGAGGGAGUCUUCCUGAUUAUCCUUCAGCUUGGCUUGGUCAUUGGUCACCACGAGGUCCAACAAAUGCCCUAUCAAAUCAGCCACGAUGAUAAUGUCCUCGCCGGCCUGGGCGUGGGCCUGCUCUCCGCUGCCGCGAUCUCAUACUCACCUACUUUGGCCGAUCUUGCAAAGGCCGGUGCUGAGUCUGUUCGCACCGCUUUUCGACUCGGCGUGCAUGUAUACGAGAUUUCCGAAAAGCUGGAAGCUCCAGACACGCAAGAGAGUCCAUGGGCUUUCGUGAUCCCUGGGUUGAGCUCAGAGGUUGUGCAAACCGAAUUGAACACGUUCAACCAGGAAACAGUUAGUUUUCGANAUCCGGUGCUCACGCAAAUCUUCAUCAGUGCUUGGGAUGCAUCCUCAGUUACUGUCAGCGGACCUCCCACCCGCCUGAGAUCGUGUCUGAAGAGUUCAGAUGUUCUCAGAUACUCCAACUUCUUUCCUCUGCCGGUCCAUCAUGGACUUUGUCAUGCCUCACACAUCUACACCGAUGCCGAUGUCCGAGGAAUCAUGGACGGUGUAUUCGCAGACACUCUGAACCUCACACGUCAAACCAAGACGCAUUGCCCCUUGCUGUCUUCCGGAACCGGCAAAGCCUAUCAAGCCUCUGAUCUGAACCAUCUGUUCGAACAGAUUGUCGAGGAGCUUCUGAUGAACAGAAUGCAUAUCGACAAUGUUGCGGAAAGCAUAGCCACAAUGCUUGAACCUCGGUCAUCCGACCAACAGCAGCAGCUUCCUUUGUGGACAUUCCGAAGUUCUAUGGUGCUCAAGGCGAUCCUUAGAACCAUUGAUCAGCGAUGGGAGGGUCGUGGUACAUUCCAGCCGCACGAUUUUGUGGAUUGGAUCAAAGGUGAAACAUCCAAUCAGGAGAUUCCACGAUCCACCAAGCAAUCGAAACUGGCAGUCGUGGGUAUGUCGUGUCGACUUCCUGGCGGUGCCAACGACCUGGAACUGUUCUGGAAACUUAUGCUCGACAAGCGUGACGUGCACACUGAGAUUCCUGCAGAUCGCUUCGACCUGGAGUCUCACUAUGAUCCUUCUGGGCAGAAGGAGAAUACUACGCAGACUCCAUUCAUGAACCCCAUGGCUAACCCAGGUCUCUUUGAUGCUGGCUUCUUCAACAUCUCGCCGAAAGAGGCAGAGCAAAUGGAUCCGAUGCACCGACUUGCGCUGGUCACCGCCUAUGAAGCUCUCGAGAUGUCUGGUUAUGCUCCAAAUCGUACGCCUUCUACGUCCUCUCCUCGCGUAGGAACAUACUACGGCCAAGCAAGUGACGACUGGCGUGAGCUCAACGCGAGCCAGAACAUUGGCACGUAUGCGGUUCCAAGUGGCGAGCGUGGUUUCGCCAAUGGCCGUAUCAAUUAUUUCUUCAAGUUCAGUGGACCGAGCUUUAACAUGGAUACUGCAUCUGCUGUCAAUGCCGCCUGCUCGGCUCUUUGGGCUGGUGAAGCAUCCACAGCCAUUGCCGGCGGCUUGAACGUCAUCACGGAUCCCGAUAACUUCUGUCAGCUUGGCAAGGGUCACUUUCUGUCACCCACUGGGCAAUGCAAAGUCUGGGACGAGGCGGCUGAUGGCUACUGCCGAGCAGAUGGUGUCGGUAGUAUUGUCAUCAAGCGCCUCGAAGACGCCUUGGCCGACAACGACAAAAUUCUGGCAACCAUCUUGGGAGCAAAUACCAAUCACUCUGCCGAAGCGAUCUCAAUUACCCAUCCACAUGCGCCAUCUCAGGCAAACAAUUACAGAAAAGUCAUGUCUCAAGCAGGUCUCUCACCUCUGGACGUAAGCUAUGUGGAGCUCCACGGUACCGGCACACAGGCAGGAGACAGAGAGGAAGCAAGAUCCGUCUCUGAUGUCUUUGCUCCAGUUUCGCCUAGACGUAAGAAGAAUCAGCGACUACGACUGGGAGCACUCAAGGCCAACAUCGGACACGGCGAGGCGGCAGCAGGUAUUGCUUCGUUCAUCAAAGUACUGUUGAUGUAUCAGAAGAAUGCCAUACCCCCUCAGAUUGGCGUUCAGAAAUUGAACCCUACACUACCUUCAGACAUGGAAGAGCGUAACAUGGGGCUCAACUGGGAGUAUUGUGAAUGGCAGCCGUCCAAGUCAGGUUCUCGAAACGCCAUCGUCAACAGCUUUGGUGCUCACGGUGGCAACACUACGGUCCUUCUUAGCGAUGCGCCUUUGCGUGUAACCAACGGGGCCGAUCCACGUUCUGUCUAUCCUUUGGUCAUCUCUGCCAGAAGCAAGAACUCCUUGAAGAAGAACACAGAGGCCUUACUGCGAUAUCUCGAAGACCAUCCAGAGACCAAGAUUGGAGAUUUGUCUUACACUCUUACAGCUCGCCGCAUUCAUCAUCCCUUCCGUCUUGCUAAACAUGUAACGGACGUCUCCGAGGCCNAGAAAGUUUUGAGCAACCAACUUGACAAGAUGCAGCAGUCGCAGCGGGUGGCAUCCAUUCCACUCAAGGCUCCUACCAUCGCUUUUGUGUUCACGGGACAAGGCGCUUUCUAUCUCGGCAUGGGUGCACAACUGUACGCUCAUUGUGCCAGCUUCCGCGCAAACGUGGAGCGUCUGGGUCGUCUAAUCCAGACACUAGAUGUGGAUGUGGAAUCAAUCGUACCAAUCAUCCAAGGCUCCAACAGUGACAUUGAUCAGGUCUCACCUGUUGCUUCUCAGCUGGCGAUCGUGCUGAUCCAGAUAGCACUUACACACUACUGGCAAUCGCUUGGAGUCAAGCCUUCUAUGGUCAUGGGUCAUAGCCUAGGCGAAUUUGCCGCGCUCGCCACAGCAGGAGUAAUCUCUGAACUCGACGCUCUAUACCUCGUUGCCAAGAGAGCAAAGCUCAUGAUGACUGAGUGUCAGAUCGAUUCGCACAGCAUGCUCGCUGUCAGAUGUGGACUCGAACGACUCGAAGAGCUUCUCAACGGCCAUGAAGAGGAAUACGAGCUCGCUUGCAUCAACGGCGAGAACGAUCUUGUCAUCAGCGGGACAAAACAACACAUCUCAACUCUCGCCACCUUGUUGAGUGAUUCUGAUGUCAAAUCUACGAUGCUCAAAGUGCCUUUUGCAUUCCAUUCGGCUCAAAUGGAUCCUGUGUUGGAGCCGUUCGCCCAGGUGGCCAAGCAUAUCGCGUACAAGGCUCCUCAGAUCCCUGUAAUUUCUCCUCUCCUGGCUGAAUGUAUCUUUGACAGCAAGACCAUCAACCAUGAGUAUUUGCAGCGCGCCACAAGAGAAUGCGUUGAUGUGGUUGGAGCUUUGGAUGCCGCACAAGAACUCGGACUCGCUGAUGCCGAUACUGUCUGGAUAGACAUUGGUCCGCAUAUGGUUGCCGGGAGCAUGAUCCGCAAUAUCAUGAACCCCACCACUGUCGUUGCUUCAUUGAAGAGAGACGAGGAUGACUACGCCUCUAUCGUCUCUUCUCUGACUGCCUUGCAUUGUGCAGGUGUCGCAGUCUCUUGGAACGAGUACUUCCGCCAGUAUGAGAGAUCACAUGAGCUGCUGCAUCUACCCACAUAUCGAUGGAAUGAGAAGCUAUACUGGAUCCCGUACCUGGGCACUUGGACGCUCGACAAGGCCAACAUAAAGCAUAACCUUGAGAAAGCGGCAAACAACCCUUCAUUGAUCGGCAACUUGAAUUCGAAGUUGAAGACUUCGACCAUACAUGGAAUCUUGUCUCAAACAGUUGACGAGUCAAAUGUUCGCCUAACAACUAUAUCGAAUUUGCUCGAUCCAUCGUUUCUCGAAGCUGUGGAAGGUCAUCGUAUGAACAAUUACGGCAUCGCUUCCUCAUCCAUUUGGGCAGACAUGGCUUUCGUGGUGGGCGAAUACAUUCACAAGCUCGGAUAUCCUGGCGAGAAGAAAUGCUCAAUGAACGUAAUCGACAUGGAAAUCCUACACGCACAAGUUGCAGGCUCGCCCAAAGAUGGAUUGCAGAUGAUUCAGCUUGAAGCGACGCUCGACAUCACUUCUCGGAUCAUCGAAGUGUUCCUGUACAAUGUCUCAAGCGAUAACAAUCGUGCUGUGGAUCACUAUGGAAGCUUCAAGGUGCAGUUCCAGAAUCCUUUACCCUGGACGAAAGAAUGGAGACGCGUCGAGUGUCUUGUCAAUCAGCGCAUUGAAACCUUGGAUCGUCUGGCAACUGAAGGUGUUGUAGCGAGUAGACUGACGCGAAACAUGGCAUACACUCUGUUCAAGAAUGUCGUCGACUAUGCUGAUCAUUACCGGGGCAUGGACUCGGUCGUUAUCCACGACUAUGAAGCGUUUGCUGACAUAACUCUUCAUGUUGAUGAGCAUGGCGUCUGGCAUACACCACCCCACUGGAUCGACAGUCUAUGUCAUCUCGGUGGUCUGGUCAUGAACGGAUCUGAUGCUUCCAACACGGCUGACUUCUUCUACGUCACGCCAGGCUGGGACAGCUUCCGCCUGGCUCAACCUCCACGAGCAGGGGCAAAGUAUCGCAGCUAUGUCCAUAUGGAACAGACAGUCGAGGACCCAAAGAUGUGGGCGGGCGAUGUGUACAUCCUGCAGGAUGGCGCCAUUGUCGGUACGAUGGGACAGAUGAAAUUCAGACAGGUCAAUCGGGUCUUGAUGGAUCGGUUCUUCUCACCAAGCAGUAGCCAUGGUCAUCCUGCUCAGUCUGAGAAGGCGGAAAAGAAACCCAAGGCAGUCACUGUGGCUACAGUGCCACAGGUUGUUUCCGUUGCAGCUCCAGUCGAGGUAAUGCUUCCCCAGAAGAUCGAGCCCUCCAACAAUCAAAGCCAAGCUGCUGUGGCAGCGCCCGAGGCUACUGCUCCAAUCACAGCGCCAAAAGCGGAGGAGGAUCCUUUGCUUACCAGUGCCGUCGGUGUUAUUGCCAACGAGACAGGCAUCGAUGCUGCUGAGCUCGGAAACGAUACAACCUUCUCACAGAUCGGCGUCGACUCGCUCAUGUCGCUUGUACUUGUUGAGAAGUUCAAGGCACAACUAAAGAUGGAAGUCAAGAGUUCAUUGUUCAUAGAGUGCGAGACGAUUGGUCAGUUCAAGGAGUGGUUGGAGGAGAACCGG